AUGAACUUCACCAACUGCUCACUCGGCUCCUGUCCAGAACGGACAAGAACGUUCACCGAGAAGACCAUCGUUGCUUUGACCCUCUCCCUGAUCAUGCUUCUGACAACGACGUUGAACUCAGCGGUAAUAGCUGCUAUUUGCAUUACAAAGAAACUGCACCAGCCUGCCAACUAUCUGAUCUGCUCCCUGGCUCUCACCGACCUGCUCGUUGCCACUUCAGUAAUGCCCAUCAGCAUUCUGUACAUCAGCAUGGAGUCCUGGGUUCUGGGUCACGUUGUCUGCGAAGCCUGGCUGAGCCUGGACAUGACCUUCUGCACGUGUUCCAUCCUUCACCUGUGUGUGAUCGCCCUGGACAGGUACUGGGCUAUCACAGACGCCGUGCAGUAUGCAGGGAAAAGGACGGCCAAGCGGGCAGUGUCCAUGAUAGUUGCCGUGUGGGCCAUUUCGGUCUUUAUAUCCAUGCCGCCCCUGUUUUGGAGAAGCCACGAUGUUACUGGAACGGAGCAACAGUGUACGAUUAGGCACGACCAUGCCAUCUACACCAUUUACUCCACCUUCGGAGCCUUUUACGUGCCGCUGACUUUAAUCCUCAUCUUGUACUACCGCAUCUACAAUGCGGCCAAGACCCUUUACCUGAAGCGCGGCUCCAGCCGACGCUUGAGCCAACGCGGCAGCGGCAGCCAGUCCUCCAGCUACACCAGCUGCAAGCUGGCUCAUUCCUUCUGCGUGUCCGAGACGCCCAGCACCGAGCCCGGCGUCGAAAGCCACUGGGGCGCGGCGGUGGUGAGCAGGGCGGACGGUGAGGACGGGCUGGGGAACGGCGCGGAGCCGCCGCAGAUCUCCAGCGGCAGGGAGCGCAGAGCAGCACGCGUGCUGGGACUUAUCCUGGGCGCCUUCACCGUCUGCUGGCUGCCCUUCUUCGUUAAAGAGCUCCUCACCGGGAUGCACCUCUGGGUGGUCUCGCCGAAGGUGGCUGACUUCCUGACCUGGCUGGGCUACGUCAACUCGCUGAUUAACCCCCUGCUCUACACCAGCUUCAACGAAGAUUUCAAGUUAGCCUUCCGCAAGUUUACAACCUGCAGAAAGCACAGUUAA